AGCAAAGUCCUCCUGCAGUUGUACAGAGCCCUAGUGCGACCACACCUGGAGUAUUGUGUGCAGUUUUGGUCCCCUAAUUUGAGGAAGGACAUUCUUGCUAUUGAGGGAGUGCAGCGGAGGUUUACAAGGUUAAUUCCCGGGAUGGCGGGACUGUCAUAUGCUGAGAGAAUGGAGCAGCUGGACUUCUAUACUCUGGAGUUUAGAAGGAUGAGAGAAGAUCUCAUUGAAACAUAUAAGAUUGUUAAGGGUUUGGACACGCUAGAGGCAGGAAACAUGUUCCCGAUGUUGGGGGAGUCCAGAACCAGGGGCCACAGUUUAAGAAUAAGGGGUAAGCCAUUUAGAACAGAGAUGAGGAAUCACUUUUUCUCACAGAGAGUUGUGAGACUGUGGAAUUCUCUGCCUCAGAGGGCGGUGGAGGCCGGUUCUCUGGAUACUUUCAAGAGAGAGCUAGAUAGGGCUCUUAAAGAUAGCGGAGUCAGGGGAUAUGGGGAGAAGGCAGGAACGGGUUACUGAUUGGGGAUGAUCAGCCAUGAUCACAUUGAAUGGCGGUGCUGGCUCGAAGGGCCAAAAGGCCUACUCCUGCACCUAUUGUCUAUUGUCCAGAGAUGCUGACUGACCCACUGAGUUACUCCAGCACUCUGUGCCUUCUUUUGCCAACCAACAUCUGCAGUUCCCUGCUCCUGCAUCACCAGUUUAGCUCUUGUCUGUAAUGAGCAACCUGUUCUCCGACCUGUUAUUUACACCUCAGCUCUUCUCAGUCCAUUGGUUGCAGAUUUUGUUUCCUGCUUUUCCGAGACUGAUGUUGUUUUUCUUUGCUAGGAAACUGGUACGGGAUCCUGGAAGGAAUCGGUGUCAUGGCCGUGAUCACCAACGCCUUUGUCAUUGCCAUCACCUCCGACUACAUCCCUCGAUUUGUGUACACGUAUAAGUACGGACCUUGUGCGAACCAGGGAUACUCUGAUGAUAAGUGUUUGACAGGUUAUGUCAGUGAAAGCCUGGCUUAUUUCAACAAGAGUGAGUUUGGUACUCACGACACUGGCUACUGCAGGUACAGAGAUUACCGGGCUCCUCCGUGGGAUCCUAACCGGUACGAGGUCACGCUACAGUUCUGGCACGUCCUGGCUGCGCGAUUGGCUUUCAUCAUCGUGUUUGAGCAUUUUGUGUUUGGCUUCAAGGCCUUCAUCGCCUACCUGAUCCCCGACAUGCCCAAGGACCUGUGUGACCGGAUGCGUCGGGAGAAGUACCUGGUGCAGGAGAUGAUGUACGAGGCGGAACUGGAACACCUGCAGAAGGAGAGGAAGCGGAGCGGCAGCCGAUACCAUGAAUGGCCUUAACAUGACGAAUGCAAACUGACCACAUCAUUGCCAUGGGACUGUACUGCUAUGGAGCCGUCAGCUAAGCUGCACAAGUUCUUGCAAGUUUUUUUAAAUGUCUUAUAUAUAUAUAAUAUAUAUAUAUAUAUCUAUCUAUAUAUAUCUAUAUAUGUAUAUAAAAAUAUACGUAAACUUUUAUAAAGACCUCAAAUGCAUGUUAUCAAAAGAUCAAAGCGUUGAGUGCUAAAUGAUUUUGGAUUUUAAGUCUGCAAGAUUGGUCGUUCAGGAAACCACGUGACAAUUUCGGUGUUUGAUUUUAUUUUCGAGAAUUGCCACAAGGAGAUGAAUGCAAUUUCGCUGGUCAGGUUUGGUUGGCCCAUUUUUACCAAAGAGCAAGAUGUCUAUUUUCUAGGCUGGACCCGUUUGUUUAAGGUGGAGAUUGACAGAUUCUACGCAGUUUCGAGCGCCUCACGUUGCUUUGCCGAGCCUGUCCUGCAUCGUGGCACAGAGGCGCAGUGGUCAGACAUCUCCCCCCCCCACCCCCGCCCCGGUUCGAUCCUGACCUCAGGCACUGCCUGCGUGGAGUUUGCAUGUUCUCCCCAGUGUGAUCUCAGAGCCGAUCCCUGGCAAGAUACUGACGUUUGCUCCUCGUUUGCCCUAUACACCAACGCAAUCUGUGAACGAGACAAAUAGUAAACUAUUAAAUCAAGAACUCCGUGCCAAGUAUCAGGGAAAUGCCGUUCCAAGAAUACUUGAUUCUCUGUGCAGAGUGAUAUGGA